AUGUCCUGUGACUUGGAUAGCGCUGUUCAGACCCAGAUGGCUGUGGCACUUUUCAAGAGUCCGCUUGGUAGCAGGGAGUACCAUGGAACCAAUAGGACCGAAGGGAAACCAACAGGAAGGAGACGUGUUUUUGUGCAAACUGAGACAGGUUGUGUUCUAGGAAUGGAGUUAGACCGGAGUGACAAUGCAAAUACCGUGAAGAGGAGGUUGCAGCUUGCCCUGAACUUUCCCGCUGAGGAAAGUUGUUUGACAUUUGGUGAUAUGGUGUUGAAAAAUGACCUCAGUGCCGUUCGAAAUGACUCCCCACUUCUUCUGAGACGGAAUGUAAUGCACAGAAGCUCUUCAACUCCCUGUCUGUCUCCCACUGGUAAAGACAUCCAACAGAAGGAUCAGAGUGGCCCUAUAGAGGUAUUGGGGCACUCGAAUUGCUUCGCCAAGACCAAACAGCUUGUUGAGGAAAUUGUCAAGGCAAUGAAGAAUGGAGUUGAUCCACUCCCUGUUCGCAGUGGCCUAGGAGGGGCUUAUUAUUUCAGAAACAUUAGAAGUGAGACUGUCGCCAUUGUGAAGCCUACAGAUGAAGAACCUUUUGCACCAAACAAUCCGAAGGGCUUUGUUGGCAAAGCUCUUGGGCAACCAGGCUUAAAACGUACAGUGAGGGUUGGAGAAACGGGAUACAGAGAAGUGGCUGCUUAUCUUCUUGACUAUGAACAUUUCGCGAAUGUGCCACCCACGGCAUUAGUGAAAAUCACCCACUCGAUCUUCAAUGUUAAUGGUGUGAAUGGUAACAAGCCUCAGAGCAAGAAGCUUGUCAGCAAGAUUGCAUCCUUUCAACAGUUCAUUUCACACGAUUUUGAUGCCAGCGAUCAUGGAACCUCAAGUUUCCCUGUUUCUUCCGUGCAUCGCAUCGGGAUAUUAGACAUUAGGAUUCUUAACACAGACAGGCAUGCGGGUAAUCUUUUAGUUAGGAAGCUUGAUGGUGUUGGGAGGUUUGGUCAAGUGGAACUUAUUCCUAUUGAUCAUGGCCUCUGCUUGCCUGAGAGUUUGGAAGAUCCGUAUUUUGAGUGGAUUCAUUGGCCUCAAGCUUCAAUACCAUUCUCAGAUGAUGAGCUUGAGUAUAUAGAAAAUCUUGAUCCUAUUCAGGACUCAGAGAUGCUGCGAAGAGAGCUCCCGAUGAUUCGUGAGGCUUGUCUACGUGCCCUGGUCCUCUGUACAAUUUUCCUUAAAGAAGCUGCUGCUUAUGGGCUUUGCCUUGCUGAUAUAGGUGAGAUGAUGAGUAGGGAAUUCCACAAUGGUGAGGAGGAACCUAGUGAGCUUGAGGUUAUAUGCAUCGAGGCAAGAUGGCUGAUUGCCGAGGACAUGACCCCCAAGGCUGAAGCUGAUGGUGAGGAAUUUCAAUUUGAUAUAGAUUACGAAGAUGUUGGAUCUGACUUCACCCCAAAAUUGGCCUCUGAGGACUUCAUGGCUAAUUUUGGAUUUGGAGGUGUUAAUGCCUUUACUCCUCUUUCUAAGCUAGAGGAAACCAUUGAAGAGGAAGGGGAAAGUGAAGGAGAAGAGGCGGAAAAUGAAUUCACUGGGGCCGCGGCCCUUGAGAGGAUCUCGGCUGUUUCAAAGCUAUCUAUGUCGCUUAAAAAUACAGACUUAAGUGAGAAGAGCCAUAAGUUCCCAAAAUUUUCUGGAGCAAAGCCCAAGUACGGUUAUCUUGCCGGUUCAUCAUCGGGCCAUAGGAGUGUAAACGAGCAGCUUCCUGUAAGUGUGAGCUUUGUGAAGCUAGCAGAUAUGAAUGAGGAAGAAUGGGCUAUGUUUUUAGAGAAGUUACAGGAGCUUCUGUACCCAGCAUUUGCUAAGCGUCAGUCUGUGACCCUUGGUCAGAAGCAAAGACAGAGGCUCGGGACUUCUUGCCAGUUUUGA